AUGACCAGUGCUUCAUCAACCACAACCAUGGCAGCACCAACCGCCACAACUUCUGCAACAACCACCACAACAGCUUCCCCAACAACCACAACAGCUGCCCCAACAAAAACAACAGAUGCACUAACCGCCACGACCUCUGCUGCACCAACCAUAGCCAGUGUUGCAUCGCCCACAACCACAACAGCACCAACCGCCACAACUUCUGGACCAACCACCACAAUUUCUGCACCAAUCACCACAACUUCUGCACCAAUCACGACCACUGUGGCACCAACCACCAUGACUGCUGCAGCAGCUACAACCACUGCUGCACUAACCAGCACAACAGCUGCACCAACCACGACAACUGCUGCACAAACCACGACCACUGCCACAUCAACAAGAACAACAGCUGCACCAGUGACCACAGUUGCUACACCAAUGACAACCACUACUGCACCAACCACCACAGCAGGUGCACCAGUUCCCACAACUCUUGAGCCAACAACUACAACUGCUGCGCCAACCACCACCACUGCACUAACGACCACAGUUGCUUCACCAAUAACAACUGUUUCAACCAUGAAAACUACUACACCAACCACCACAACAGCUGCAUCAACCACCACAACAGCUGCGCCAACCAUGACCAGUGCUGCAUCUACUACCACAACAGCUGCAGCACACAGCACCACAACAACCUCCCCAGAUGCUACAGCAACUGCAGCAUCAAUCAAUCACCACAACAAUACUAGCACCAAUCAGCACAGCAGCUGCACCAACCACCACAGCACCAACAACAACAACCACCACAACAACAGUUUCCCCAACGACAACCCCUGCUGCCCCAACCACCACAACAGCUGCGCCGACCACAACAACUGGUGA